UCUCCUCCCAACUGGGUAGGACCCUGGCGUUGAAGCUGGAGGGGCGGGGUAAAUAGGACCCCUGAUGCGGCUCUCGGACUCCUUUGUGCGGCUGCUGCUGGUUGGAGCAGCGGUGCAUCGCUGGCUGUAGGUUAGUGACUGCACUUCAUAUUGCAGCAGGACUCCACACCCUGUACAUGCAUAUUUAAAAAGGUGCCGCAAUCAGAUCGGAGUUCACACGCCCAUCGCCUUUCAACUCUUCAAGGGAACCUGUGUGGUGUGGUGCCGGGCAGAAUGGGACAUCCUGGCGCCCUGAGCUCUCACUGAGGAGUCAGGCACCAGCAGGCCAUGCAGGGAGAAGCCUCAGCAGGGGCCAUCGGCAUGGAGCAGGUGAGCCAGCGGGGGGCCGAGAGCCCACGCCUUGCCUCGCUGCGCAGGUCAGAGGUCACGGGCGGCCCCUCCCAGGGCGAGGAGGGCGGGGUGGAGAGGAGGAGGAAGAGGAGGAAGAAGGAGCCGAGACCGGAGUCCAUCAUUGUGUACCGCUCGGAGGCAGAGAAGGGGGUGAGCGAGGAGUCGCCGGCAGAGGAGGGGAGUGAGAAGAGCGGACAGGAAGGGCCCAAGUUCCUCAGCACCCCCACAAGCGAGGGAGGCUGGAAUGCUCCCCUGGACAGCCGCUACGUCACUCUGACCGGCACCAUCACCCGUGGGAAGAAGAAGGGCCAGAUGGUGGACAUCCACGUGACGCUGACCGAUAAAGAGAUGCAGGAGCUGGCCAGGUCCAGGGAGCCUGUCCGGAGAGAGGGGGAAGGCGAGGGGGGAGAGGAGGGCAAGCGGGCCUGCUGUGUGGGGGCUGGUCGCGGGCCCCACGUCCUGCUCUGGAGCUUAUCCUGCGCGCCCGUGGUGUUCCUGCUCUCUUUCGUCAUGUCCUUCUACUACGGGACCAUCACCUGGUACAAUGUCUUCCUGGUCUACAACGAGGAGCGGACUUUCUGGCACAAAAUCACCAUCUGCCCUUGCCUCAUCAUCUUCUACCCCAUCCUCAUCGUGGCACUCUCCCUGUCCCUGGGGGUCUACACGGCCAUCACCCAGGUGUCCUGGGCCUUCACCGAGUGGUGGCAGGCAGUCCGAGACCUGGAGAAGGGCUUAUGCGGCUGGAUCUGCGGCAAGCUAGGCCUGGAGGACUGCUCCCCCUACAGCAUCGUGGAGCUGCUUGACUCCGAUAACUUGUCGGGCAGCCUGCAGGGCAAGGGGGGCCCUUCACAGGGGCUCGAGACCUCCGCUGUCUGAGUCCUCCAGCCUGUUUUCAUGUCGUUGUUUCUCACAGAAGAGUGGCUCUGGUUUAUCACAGCUUUUUACUUUGUGCAAUGGUGGUGAAGUAGAGAAUUAAAUCUGGCUAUGCAACCAAAUUGAUGAGCCACAGAAAUUAAAGAGCAGGUAGCUUAAAAUUAGUUUUUGUUUUAGCUUUUUUUGAGGUUGUAAUCAUUUGGAGUGGUUUUUACUGCAGUUACUCUUCCGACCACAUUCUGAAAGCUAUUCGCUUCAAAUCGGCAUUGUCAUAAUUUUGCUCUGAAAGGGAAAAACACCAGUUCUAAAAUGACAAAUACUACUUACCCGAAGAGCCUGAAUUAAAUGUAGGAUUUGGGAACUUUUUAUUGUGUGUGUUCUGCCUUUCUGAAAACAUUGUGCUACUGACAAAUAAGAAUAAAUAUCUGUGAAAAUCUAGCCCUUAAAAGUGCUUUGACCUGAGUUGCCAGAUUCUCUUUCAUCAUUGACGUGUGUGUAACAUAGGCUAGAUAGUUGUAUGAACUAGCACCAUCUAGCGUGUAAAGUAACUGCACUAAGAAUCACUCAGAAGGAUUGCACAGGGGACAGAAAAACAAAAUCGAAUGUCAUUUGAAUCGACGUACUCUUUCUAAGGUUUUCAAACUAGUUUUAUUAGGGGUUUCAAGUUUAACCUGUACAUACUUCCUUCAGCUUGAUAAUGCUAAAUGUUCAGUCUAAGUUUAACCUGUACAUACUUCCUUCAGCUUGAUAAUGCUAAAUGUUCAGUCUUUCACAUGUCAACUAAACUAAACAAAUAUCGGCCUCUAAAUACAUUCGGCACGUUAUUAAUUUGCUUUGUUGUCACCUGAACUUUUAUAUUAGUACAUUCAGUAUUGCUUACUACAUGGGGAGUACUGUUUGCAAUGUUUAAUUACACAAGUUACAUUUUUUAUUGCAAAGAUUGUGCUUUGUUGUUCAUAGCAAGUGUAACAUUUUAGUUAAGUGCAGUUGGUGUACAUGUUUGCAACUAUUAUUUUACAGCUGUGGAAAACCUAGUUUUUGCAUAUUUAAGAUGGAAAUGUAGUAAUAUUAGAGUUUUUUCCUUUCACAAAAGGAAGUAUUAUAUCUUUAAUAAUAUGGUCCAAAGUUGUCUUUUCCCAACUGAUUAUUUUGAUAGCUUUAAAUGUCAUUUGAAUAAUUUUUUGUACAUUGCUCAUACUGUUUGAUGGCAUUUGCAACCAUUAUGCCUGGUUCUGGGUUCUGCUGGUUCAACAUUGAGUUUCAUUUUUCUGUCUAUCUGAAUUUGCUUUCAGCCGGUCUGGAGAAUCGGAACAGUCUUCCUCGUUCCAUUCAAAUCAUGUGAUAAUGUGACCUUUCACCUCCCUAAACCCACAACCACUGAGAAUGAUUGCAAACACUAUAAAAACAGUAAGGGACAGUAAAAUACAUUUGAAUCUACUUUCUCUUUAAUAGAGCUGCACUUCAGUACUGCUGGUGUAGUUUCAUUUUAAAAGAAAACGAUAGUUUAUUUGCUAUUUAUAUAAAGUGUAUUUUAGUGUUUGGUAAAUCUGGGUAAAAAAAUCUAAUUAAAAAGUAAUCCAUGGUUUAGAGUACUGUUUAGCUUUUUAAAUCUGUGUCCGCUUGUAGCACAAUUUACUUCUGCAUAUCUCCUGUUUACUUCUCCAUUAAAAAUGUUUUUUUUUUUUUUUUUAAUUCCAAA